CUCAGCUUUAAGAGCAGUGCUUUCCUGACUAGCCAGACAGAAGAACUCAGAGCUAAGGCAGCUGAGAACUUGUCUCCUGACUACAGGGCCUACACAGAGGUAAACAUGGCAUCAGAAUCCACUAUGAUGGCCCCCAUUUGUCUAGUGGAAAAUGAGAAAGAGCAGUUGAUGGUGAACCCCGAAGCAGUCAAGAUUCUUGAAGCGAUUACACAGCCUGUGGUGGUGGUGGCCAUUGUAGGAAUGUAUCGUACAGGAAAAUCCUACCUGAUGAACCGCCUGGCAGGACACAACCAAGGUUUCCAGCUGGGAAGUACAGUGAGGUCUCAAACAAAAGGCAUCUGGAUGUGGUGUGUGACUCACCCAAGGAAACCAAAUUUCACCUUGGUCCUUCUGGACACUGAGGGUCUGGGUGAUGUGGAGAAGUGUGAUCCUAAGAAUGACUCGUGGAUCUUUGCCUUGUCCAUUCUACUUAGCAGCACCUUUGUCUACAACAGCAUGGGAACCAUCAACCAGCAAGCCCUGGAUCAGCUGCACUAUGUAACUGAACUAACAGAGCUAAUCAAGGCAAAGUCCACUAAGAAGUCUGAUGAAAUGGAUGAUUCUGAUGAAUUUGUGAGUUUUUUUCCAGACUUUGUUUGGGUUGUUCGGGAUUUCAUUCUGGAGCUGAAGUUAGAUGACCAGCCCAUCACAGAGGAUGAAUAUCUAGAGAAUGCCUUAAAGCUCAUUCCAGGCAAGAAUCAGAAAAUUCGAAAUGCCAACUUGCCUAGGGAGUGCAUUAGGCAUUUCUUUCCAAAACGCAAAUGUUUUGUCUUUGAUCGACCUACAAAAGAAAAGGAACUCUUAAUUCAUAUUGAAGACUUGUCAGAAGACCAGCUGGAUUACAAUUUCCAAGUGCAAUCCAAAACCUUUUGCUCUUACAUCUUUGCCAGUGCAAAACCCAAGAACUUGAGAGAGGGAAUUAUUGUCACUGGGAAACGACUGGGGACUCUGGUGGAGACUUAUGUCAGUGCUAUCAACAGUGGAGCAGUGCCAUGUUUGGAAAACGCUGUGACUACCCUGGCCCAGCGUGCGAACUCAGCAGCUGUGCAGAAGGCAGCCAACCACUACAGCCAGCACAUGGCUCAGCAAUUGAGGCUCCCCACUGAGGACCUCCAGGAGCUGUUGGAUGUGCAUGCGGCCUGUGAGAGAGAAGCCAUUGCAGUCUUCAUGGAGUUAUCAUUCAAGGAUGACAAGUGGGAGUUUCAAAAGGAUCUAAUGAACACCAUAGAGAGAAAGAAGGAAGAUUUCAUCCUGCAGAAUGAAGAUGCAUCUGGAAAAUACUGCCAGAGGGAGCUGAAGAAAAUUUCCCAGUCUUUUAUGGAAAGCAUUUCCAAUAGCACUUUCUCUAUACCUGGAGGACAUAAUCUCUACUUGGAAGGCAAGAAGAAGGUUGAGCAGGACUACAAACUAGUUCCCAGGAAAGGGGUAAAGGCAAAUGAGAUUCUCCAGACAUUCCUGCAGUCCCAGGAUGCUAUAGAAAAAUCGAUCCUACAGUCAGACAAAGCUCUCACUGAUGCAGAGAAGGCCAGAACAGCUGAGCGGGCUGCAAAAGAAGCAUCUGAGAUGGAGAAGGAGGUGCUAAGACAGGAACAGAAGGAACAGCAGCAAAAGAUGGAGGCCCAAGAGAAAAGCUACAAGGAAAAUAUGGCCCAACUACAGGAGAAGAUGGAAAGGGAAAGAGAGAAUCUGAUCAGAGAUCAGGAAAAGAAGCUGGAACACAAGCUGAAGAUUCAAGAAGAAAUGCUUAAAGAAGGAUUUAAAAAUAAAUAUGAAGAUAUUUGUACAGAAAUACAUCAACUGAAAGAGGAGAUUGAAACAACCAAGACAGAGAAGCUAUGGGGUGGAAAAUUAUUGGAUGGACUGGGUGAUGUGCUUCUGUUAUCAGCGCCACAUCUUCAUGCUAAGUUAGUGGGUGCCUUUUUGAAAGGGGUACCCUACACAAUGAAAUAGACUCCAGAUUUCUUUUAAGAAUUAAUAAGGAAAGCCAUUCUUUUGACGGAAUGUUAACUUUCAAGUUGAUAUCAUGCUAUUUUUUAAAGAGGUUAAAACAACAAGGGGACACAGGAAUGGAGGGAUGAUGAGCAAAUGCUGUCAUUAUAUUUAACAUACGUUAUAUUAAAAAUGAUGUAAUGGUGGGUAGGGACCAUGGAAAAAAGUAUGGGGAAAGUGACAGAAGGGGGAACAUUACCCAAGAACCAUUGUACCUGAGUUAUGGAAUUCUGAAACA